GGGAGAGCAGGAGAGGCACAGAAUCCUGCAUUGGUCCAGAAGCAGCCAGUUAGUCCACGGCCUGUCUCUGUCUGUCUGUCUGUCACCAGAGCCAUGGAGAGAGCCAGUCUGAUCCAGAAGGCCAAGCUGGCAGAGCAGGCUGAACGCUAUGAGGACAUGGCAGCGUUCAUGAAAGGCGCUGUGGAAAAGGGUGAGGAGCUCUCUUGCGAAGAGCGCAACCUGCUCUCGGUGGCCUACAAGAACGUGGUGGGUGGCCAGAGGGCUGCCUGGAGGGUCCUGUCCAGCAUCGAGCAGAAGAGCAAUGAGGAGGGCUCGGAAGAAAAGGGCCCUGAGGUGAAGGAGUACCGGGAGAAGGUGGAGACAGAGCUCCGGGGCGUGUGUGACACCGUGCUGGGCCUGCUGGACUCCCACCUCAUCAAGGAGGCCGGGGAGGCCGAGAGCCGGGUCUUCUACCUGAAGAUGAAGGGCGAUUACUACCGCUACCUGGCCGAGGUGGCCACCGGUGACGACAAGAAGCGCAUCAUCGACUCUGCCCGGUCAGCCUACCAGGAGGCCAUGGACAUCAGCAAGAAGGAGAUGCCACCCACCAACCCCAUCCGCCUGGGCCUGGCCCUGAACUUUUCUGUCUUCCACUAUGAGAUCGCCAACAGCCCCGAGGAGGCCAUCUCCCUGGCCAAGACCACGUUCGACGAGGCCAUGGCUGACCUGCACACCCUCAGCGAGGACUCCUACAAGGACAGCACCCUCAUCAUGCAGCUGCUGCGAGACAACCUGACUCUGUGGACAGCCGACAAUGCAGGGGAAGAGGGCGGCGAGGCUCCCGAGGAGCCCCAGAGCUGAGUCUGCGCACCUGCCGCCGUCCACCUGCCCCCGCCCUGCCCUCCAGUCCCCAGCCUGCGGAGAGGACUAGAAUGGGGCGGGACCAGGCCCUGCCCUGACCCUUCCCGAAUGCUCUGCCCCAGGGAGGAGGCAGGGGGAGCCAUCCAGCAGAGGCCAUGGGGCUGGGAUCCCACUCUUCAUACAGCUGGGGGGGGGCUCCUAAACUACCGGUCAGCCUGUCCUCUGCUCUCUGCACCCCCUUCCUCCCGACCCCAUCUCUGGCCCGCCACUGCCACUUCGUCCCACCCCGCGCUUUCCUCCUGUCCCUGCUGUCGUGGCUGGGAACUGGAGAUGGGCGCGUGUGACUGAGUGAAUGGAGAGGGAA